AUGGGAUGUACGAGUAGCAAGUCCAAGAAUGAUGCACAUGGUCCCAUGACGGGUCGCUCCAAUGAGGCUAAUUACUCGAAUCUCGCUGUAAACAUCAAUAAUGGCAAUUUCUCAGCAUCUCAGAAUGUCAAUCAGCCGCGUCGCUCCAUGCCAGCGUCGCGCAACCAGCGUAAUGGCAGUCUUGGCUCCACUCAGGCCGUCAACCGUAUUGAUUCGGAAAAUUGUUUUCCGGAAUUAGUUAAGUUUCGUCUGGACGAAAGUGAAGUUCUGCUUACUCGCAAGGUCUCGAGUGGUGCGUUUGGUGUUGUGUGGUUAGGCCAUUACCAUGGCCAGCCCGUAGCCGUUAAGCGUAUGAUCGACGGUGAGGACGAAGCCAUCUCCUUUUCCCGCGAGAUUGAAACCAUGUCUCGAUUGUCGCACCCUAAAAUUGUACGCUUUAUUGGUUGCACGUGGACGAACAAGAAGGACUUGGGCGGCGUUUCCGAGUACAUGGAUGGUGGUGACAUUAUUCACCGAGAUCUUAAGUCGCGAAAUGUGUUGCUUAAUUCUGAUAUGGUGGCUAAGCUGAGUGAUUUCGGGCUCAGUCGUAACCGUACGUAUGAAGAAACACUGACUGCAGGUGUGGGUACGGUACGAUGGACUGCUCCUGAGGUUAUGCUAGGUGACAAUUACAGCGAGCAGGCCGAUGUAUACUCUUUUGGUGUGGUAUUAAGCGAGCUAGACACGCGAGAGAUCCCGUUUGAAGAGAAGAGCAGUAAGACAGGAGCCAGUGGCGCUCCCGAUAUGGCCAUUGUAAUUAAGGUGGCGAAGGGUGAAUUACGACCAAGUUUUGCGCCUGACUGUCCAGAUGUCAUUUUGCGAAUCGCUCGUGCUUGUCUGCAAUUUGACCCGGCGCUUCGUCCAGCAAGUGAAUCAAUUGUGCAAAUGCUCAAUGAUGCGCGUGUGCAGCUUCAGGCAAUGUAA